UUUCUUUCCCCUCUUCGUUUACCUUCACCUUUUCUCCCCUGAUUACUCCACGAUCUCUUUCUCUCCGGCUCUCCAUUUUACUGGAUCGGCUCAUCGGAGAUUUCAGAAACGAUGUCGUAUUCAGAUUCGGACUCUUCCUCCAGCGCUGGUGACUACAAGAAUUUCAGGCAAAUCACCCGAGAAAGAUUAUUGUAUGAAAUGCUUCGUUCUGCAAAAGUGAAGGAUUCAAAAUCUACUUGGAAGGUGCUAAUCAUGGACAAAGUUACAGUUAAGAUAAUGUCUUACUCUUGCAAGAUGGCUGACAUUACAUCGGAAGGUGUUUCAUUGGUAGAAGACAUAUACAGACGUAGGCAGCCGUUGCCAUCGAUGGAUGCUAUAUACUUCAUUCAACCAACCAAAGAGAAUGUUGUUAUGUUAUUGUCAGACAUGUCUGGAAGGACACCCUUAUAUAAGAAGGCAUUUGUUUACUUCAGUUCACCUAUGCCAAGAGAACUGGUUGCACAUAUCAAGAAGGAUUCAAGUGUCUUGCCUCGCAUAGGUGCAUUGAGUGAGAUGAACUUGGAGUACUUUGCAAUAGACAGCCAGGGCUUCAUAACUGAUAAUGGGAAGGCUCUAGAGAACCUUUUUGGUGAUGAGGAAAAUACUCGCAAGGGUGAUGCUUGUUUGAAUGUGAUGGCUACCCGCAUUGCUACAGUUUUUGCUUCAUUAAGGGAGUUUCCUUUUGUUCGAUAUCGGGCUGCCAAGUCUCUCGAUCCAAUGACAAUGACUACUUUUCGUGAUCUAAUUCCCACCAAGCUUGCAGCUGGAAUCUGGAAUUGUCUUGUGAAAUACAAAUCGAUUCCCAACUUCCCUCAGAAGGAAACAUGCGAGUUGCUCAUCCUUGAUAGAUCUAUAGAUCAGAUUGCUCCUGUCAUACAUGAGUGGACUUAUGAUGCCAUGUGCCAUGAUUUAUUGAAUAUGGAGGGGAAUAAAUAUGUGCAUGAGGUUCCAAGCAAAACAGGAGGCCCUCCCGAGAAGAAAGAGGUUCUUUUGGAGGAGCAUGAUCCAAUAUGGCUUGAGCUUCGCCAUGCACAUAUUGCAGAUGCUAGUGAAAGGCUGCAUGAGAAGAUGACUAAUUUCAUAUCAAAAAAUAAAGCUGCACAGCUUCAACAUGGUUCAAGAGAAGGCAGUGAACUUUCAACAAGGGAAUUACAAAAAAUGGUUCAAGCUUUGCCCCAAUACAGUGAACAAAUUGACAAGCUCUCUCUUCAUGUUGAGAUUGCUGGAAAAAUCAACCUAAUCAUCAGGGAUCAAGGGCUUCGAGAACUUGGGCAACUGGAGCAAGACCUUGCUUUUGGUGAUACUGGAAUGAAAGAUGUAAUUAAAUUUCUUUCUACAAAUGAGGCAGCAUCUCGUGAAAAUAAGUUGCGCUUAUUGAUGAUUCUUGCAGUCAUUUACCCUGAGAAGUUUGAGGGCGAAAAGGGUCUCAAUUUGAUGAAGUUAGCAAAAUUACCACCAGAGGACAUGACUGCUGUGAAUAAUAUGAGAUUGCUUGCGCCACCAUCAGAUGCCAAAAAGAGUUCUGCAGGUGCUUUUUCUUUGAAAUUUGAUAUGCAUAAGAAGAAGCAUGCAACUAGGAAAGACCUCAGCAGUGGGCAAGAAACAUGGCAAUUAUCACGCUUUUACCCUAUAAUAGAGGAGCUUGUUGAAAAACUUGGCAAAGGAGAACUAUCAAAAGAUGAUUAUCCUUGCAUGAAUGAUCCUAGUCCAUCUUUCCAUGGCACAUCUCAAGCUUCACCCAUACAUGAAGCUCCAGUUGCUCAUUCCAUGAGAUCGAGGAGGACACCUACAUGGGCUCGGCCUCGCAGCUCAGAUGAUGGGUAUUCAAGCGAUUCAAUUCUAAGACACGCAUCGAGUGAUUUCAAGAAGUUUGGCAAACGCAUUUUUGUGUUUAUAGUAGGCGGAGCUACAAGAUCUGAGCUAAGAGUCUGCCACAAGCUUACGGGAAAGUUGAAUAGAGAAGUUAUUUUAGGGUCAACAAGUCUUGAUGAUCCUCCACAGUUUAUCACGAAAAUGAAGCUGCUGACAGCACAUGAACUGUCUUUGGAUGAUCUACAGAUAUAAAUGAGAACUUGGGAAUGAAUUAGAUUUGUAAUCAUAGAUAUGUGGUGCCAUUUCAUUCAUACAUACCCAUUUUUUUAACACUCAAAUGGAAAUAUGCCUCUACCCAAUCUGGACUUUAGUAAUAGCCCAUGCCUGUCCAGAAUUUCUUGUCAUAAGCGUCAGAGUAUUCAUCAUUCUGGGUCGUGUGUUGUCAUUGAUGAGCACGAGGAAGCCACCAAGAAAAUCGCCUGUAUAAAUGUUGUUUAAUUGAUGGCAAAUAACUACUGAAUCUUGAAAACCUGAAACAUAAGU